GGCGGGUGGGAUGAAUGCCUACCACCCCCUCCACUCUCCCCCACCAAAACAGAAACCUAAUGGACAAUGGAAAAUGGUACAGACCCAAAACAUGAAAAGCGCAAAAGGAGUUCGAGGAACUUCUAGAGGAGGCUCACCAGCAGGUUACCUAAAAGCGACAGUAACCGUGCUGGGACCUGGAGACAAACCACCGCCUCUGUCUAAGCUCGCCGGAGAGGACGGUUCUGACGACAUUGAGGCUAAUCUUCUUAGGCCUGCUGGAGUCGGUCUUCAAGACGCAGUUUUUACUUUCAAAGUUUAUCGAGCGGAGGAUCUUCCUCAGAUGGAUACAGCUGUGAUGCAAGGUGUCAAGAAAUUUUUCAACAUGCAGCAGGAGGAUGAAAAGCUUGUGGAUCCCUACGUUCUAUUUCAGUUUUGUGGAAAAGAGAAUCGCACCUCUGUCAAAUACAAGACAGACUGUCCAGAAUUUAAGGAGAUCAUCAAAGUUCCUUUCAUGUUUCCAUCAAUGUGUCAGAGAGUGAAAAUCCAAUUGUUCGACUGGGAUCGUCUAACUGAUGAUGAUUGUAUUGCAACUACUUUUCUUUCUCUUGCCUCGAUGUCUGGACAAGGAGAAGAAGGAUUUCUUCCAACGUUUGGUCCUUGUUGGUUGAAUUUUUAUGGUUCCCCGAGGGAGUUUUCUGAGCUUCCAGAUGAGCAUGAAGAUCUAAAUGAUGGAAAGGGGGAGGGAGUGGCGUAUAGGGGGCGAUUACUGGUGGAGUUGGAGACCAAGUUGGGUGAAGAGAUUGACAAGGAGCUGGAAGUCAUGAAAGGACCAGAACUUAUUCGAGUACAGCCAUACCUGAGCCGCAGCAAAUACAAGUUGUUUGCUUGCUUUUAUGAAGCCUCUAUGGUGUUUGAUGUAGACGGGCCUAUUGAAUUUGAAAUUAGCAUCGGUAACUAUGGCAACAUGAUGGAUGAGUCGGUGGCACCUUCCAACACGCCCCCUUGUAACGCAGUGUAUGAUGGAAGUAACUAUUACUAUCUUCCCUGGAGCAGCGAAAAGCCUUGUGUGUGCGUGGAAAGUUAUUGGGAGAACAUAUCCUUCAGACUGGAGCCCUUAAAUGCCCUACUGAGGAUUAUUGAUCGCGUGAAAAAUAAAAUAACGGAAGUGAUGUAUAUGAUCGCCACCAAUGCACCGGAAGUAGACAGGGCUUCUUGUUUGUUCUCUUUACUGGACCAGCUUAUCGCAGACUGCAGCAAUAGCCUCCCUAGCUUGAAAGGGAAGACAAACAAACUUGAUAUGAAGCGGGACCGUGAGAGAAGAUGCGAGUUGCGCUCUAUCGCACAGGACGCCACGGAGCUUAAAGAAAAAGCAACAAACGUUGAAGACGCGCUCUCAGAUGUAAACGGAUUUCUUCAGCGGUUACAAGACCUUGCAGAAGAGCCUCAAAACAGCCUACCCGAUGUUAUCCUCUGGAUGAUCAGUGGCUCAACGAGAAUUGCCUACCACAGGAUACCAGCCUACCAUGUCUUGUUUUCACCCAAGGAGGAAGCCUGUGGUAAAUUUUGCGGCAAAACAAUGGAGAUUGAGAUGAAGUACCCCGGUAAGAAGGCCCUAAACAUUGCAGAUCACCCAGAACUACCCGCAAUCGUCCGAGUCGAGCUGUGGUUCGGACUUGAGCAGUAUCAGAGUAACUGGACUGCACGCGAGCAAAGAGAAGGCGAUUUUGGCGUCUUAGCAGAAACGUAUGAAAACGAAGUCAAAAUUGGUUUUUGGACGAAGAAAGCCCUCACAAGACCAGGAUUUUCGAAUGCCAGUGGAGAGCUACCACUACCCAAAAAAAAGUUUCAGGCCCCUGAAGGUUGGGAAUUUGAAGGAGACUGGUACAUAGCUCCGGAAAUGAGUUUGAUGUUUGACCGCGACUCAGGCCACAAAACGUUCUUAGAGGAUGUAUUUGAAAACGAGGCGAGGAUGAUUCCUGGGGGGAACUGGAGCCCAGCCUCUGCACCUUGGACGAAUGUGCAUGGUGACAAAAUUGACGAGAAAGAGAAGAUAAAAUGUCCAGAAGGCUGGGAGUGGACCGGAAACUGGCAGGUCGAUGACAAUAGAGCUGUAGACGACGAAGGAUGGGAGUAUUCUGUCGAUGUAUCAUACGGAGUGUAUGGUGCCAUUCAAAAGGCUUACCAUUUGGUGAGGAGAAGACGAUGGGUCAGGGAGAGAUUAUUGAAAGAUCCAAAGGCUGCUAUCAAACAAAAAGAGCUUGAAGAAUUCGCGAAGGAAGGAUGGGAGUAUGCCCCAAUUUUUACGGCCAAAUUCCACCACAAAGAAAGGAAGAUUGAUUUCGUCAGGCGUCGGCGAUGGCACCGAAAGAUGGUUGCAAAGGGAGGAAAGGAAGCCAAAGUGUCCAUGCCUCCUGUGUGUCUUCUCGAGCUUGAAGACGAGGAGGAGAGUAAAAGUUGUUUAAGGAAUAUUCCAAGAAUGUUUGUUACUUUCGAAAAACCUCACAAGUAUCAGAUGUGGGCCUAUAUCUAUCAAGCACGUGACCUUCUCGCCAUGGACGAGAGUGGGAUGAAUGAUGCCUACGUUCGCGUGGCAUUUUGCAAGCAAAGUGCUGUAACAGAAGUGCUGACGCAGACUUUAUGUCCCACCUGGGACCAAACGCUCAUAUUUGAUGAUGUUGAAAUCUAUGAGAGCGUGGAGAAUGUCGCCAAGAGCCCACCGAGUGUGGUGGUAGAGGUUUUUGACAAGGACGCAGUGGGCAAAGAUGGCUUUCUCGGCCGCUGUGUGAUGUCACCUACGGUACGUCUACAUGGACACGAAACUCCUGAGCCGCGGCUGCAGUGGUUUAAGAUCAAAAGAGGAGACGAAGAAGGAGGAGAUCUUUUGGCUGCUUGCGAACUUUUCCUUGAUGAAGGUGCAGAGUUACCAUUCACCCCACCCAUGAGAGGAGACUUAUAUGCUGUGCGAAGUGGUGUCCGUCCAAAGUUACAACGGUCAGCGAUUGAGGUCUUGUGUUGGGGAGUGAGAAACAUGAAAAAGUUUGAACUAACGAGCGUGACGUCACCAAGUAUUGAGUUCGAGUGUGCCGGAGGACUGGCGCAGUCUGAAGUCAUCAAGGAUACGAAGAAGAACCCGAACUUUGAGAAUCCCGUUUUGACAAGAAUGAUUGUGAAUCUUCCCGUGGAAGAAAUCUAUACGCCAGCACUUAACAUCCGGGUCCGUGACAACCGCUCUUUUGGUCGUCGACCAAUCGUCGGUGUUCAUUCAGUGAGAUCCAUCCAGAAAUACCGCUGUACAACGCCGCAAAUCAUUGAGCAAACUGACUCUGGCCCUCAAGGGUCACAAAAGAAAGGAAUCACUGAUAACGUUUCAACCAAAAGCAAAGAAGGUUCACAUGUUGUCGAUAUCAAGGAAUCGAAAAAGGUCAAGAAAAAGAUAGAGAAGAAAGAAGAAAUCCUAGAGGAGUCCCUAGAUUGGUGGUCGAAGUUUUUCGCCUCUAUAGGCGAUGAAGAGAAAUGUGGAGAAUUUCUCAACCUAGGAUACAAAAAGAUGACGGUAUAUCAAACUGAGCUGGAAAAGGUGCAAGAGUUUAAUGGCUUUGAGGACUUUAUAAGUACGUUUCCUAUUUACCGCGGAAGAGCGAAAUCGCGGGAAGAAGAGGCAGAUACCAUUGUCGGGGAAUUUAAGGGAACAUUCAGAGUGUAUCCGAUGCCAGAAGAUGAACAGAUUCGUCCCUUACCAGAUACUGUUUUUACGUAUCUCCCACAGAGCAAACCUGUAGAGUGCAUUGUCCGCCUGUAUGUUAUCAAGGCUUUGGAACUUCAACCGAGAGAUGACUCUGGAACAGCCGACCCAUAUUUGGUAGUCACCUUAGGGGACCAAACGUUUGAUGACAAAGAUGUUUAUAAACCUUACACAGUGAAUCCUGUCUUUGGAAGACUUUUUGAAUUUACAGCUACCGUACCUCUUGUCAAAGAUCUCAAAAUCGCCGUUAUGGAUUAUGACCUCAUCGGACGAGAUGACGUCAUCGGUGAAACACAGAUCGAUUUAGAGCAGAGACUUUUGUCUCGAUAUCGUGCUUCUUGUGGAUGCUCUAAGAGUUACUGCAAAUCUGGUCCUAACAAAUGGCGAGAUGGGCGAAAACCGAGAACAAUCCUGCGAGACUGGUGCGUCAUGCAUAACAAGAGUCUUCCAGUGUAUACGGAUGAACCUUGCUCUGUGACAGUGGACGAACAAACUUAUACUCUGGCUGAGUUUGAGGAAGGAACAAUAAUCCAUUCGUACCUUGGGAAACAACAAAGUCGCUUGGCUCUGCAUGUCCUCAAUAAAAUGAACAUCGUGCCCGAGCACGUGGAAACAAGGGGUCUGUAUAACAAAACACAGCAACCGACCAUGGAACAGGGAAAACUUCAGUUAUGGGUUGAUAUUUUUCCAGCCGCAGAGGGCAAAGCACCUGCUGCGGUUGACAUCACCCCAAGAGAACCUCAAGAAUACGUUCUUCGUGUCAUCAUAUGGAACACCAAAGACGUUAUUUUGGAGGAGACCUCAAUCACUGGCGAGAAAAUGAGUGACAUCUUCGUGAAGGGCUGGAUUGAUGGAAUUGAUGAUUCACAGGAAACUGACGUCCACUACAGAUCCAUGGACGGGGAAGGAAACUUCAACUGGAGAUUUGUUUUUCCUUUCUCUUACAUUCCAGCAGAAAAGAAACUAGUGAUUAAGGAAAAGGAGCAUUUCUGGAGUCUGGACGAGUCGGUAGAGAAACUUGUACCUCGCUUGAUGCUCCAAAUAUGGGACAAUGACUUAGGAUUUGCAAAUGACGAUUUUUUGGGUUCUCUACAGCUCGACCUGACAUCUCUUCUCAAACCGGCGACUACUGCUCGCUCUUGUAAGCUACCCGGAGACUCGGAACCAUCACCCAAACUGGACUUGUUUAAGCAAAAACGUUGCUAUGGCUGGUGGGCUACAAGCUCUAUGAAGACGGGAUCAAUGAAAAGCACGGGCAAACUUGAGAUGACUUUGGAAAUAAUGAAAAGAGCAGAGGCAGAGGCUAAACCGGCAGGACUGGGGCGAGACGAACCAAACAAGAAUCCGCCAUUAGAGGAACCGAACCGCCCUCCGACCUCGUUUCCAUGGUUUACGUCACCACUCAAAGCUCUCCGCCAUAUAAUCUGGGGCAGAUACAAGUGGCACAUUCUCGGCUUUCUGUUAUUCCUUCUUUUCGUCUCUCUCAUAGCGUUCUUCAUUUACGCAGCUCCGGGAUACACCAUGAAGAAAAUGCUAAAUGCGUAAAAAGGCUGAAAGUUCAGUUGGUCAAUUCUUGGAAAUAAAAGUUGAAAGAUCAAGCUCGGCCCUGCGUUUACACGGCUUCAUAUUGGAAACAAUCAGGGACUGAUUGCGCAGAGUAAAGGAAAGCUUUGUUACUAGUCAGCAAAUAAAGUUGUGCAUCCACAAGAUUUCAAGGCUGCAUUUAGGCUAAAUAAUACAGAUUAGGUUUUGAAAUUUUCAAUUUUUAGCACUUAGCCAAAAGAGGUGAUUGUAUCCGUUUUAAGGAAUGUAGUUCAAAAUUUGGUGAUUUAGUCAAAUAGUUUAUCGAGGUUACUCUUUUAAUACCGACAAUGUAGAUAGCUAAAGUGUUUUUCGAUUUAUUAGUUCAAUCAAACUAAAGUGAACAUAUUUCAAAUAAUCUCGAAUAAAAUAGUGAAGGGGGCAGGAAUCAGUUUUCAGCUCAGUUUUCUAUCACCAUCUUUUUUUGUCGUGUCCUUCGUAUUGCGCUUAUUAAACAAUUCUCACAGGUAAGUACCUUACCAUUCCUGUUCAUACAACAGCGUGACCCUUACCACAAAGUAGAAGAAGCUUCUAUUUUGCUUCACUCGGCAAAAAUGAGAGGUUCAUUUUCCAUAAAGCUUUACGAGUUAAAAUCAUAAAUAAAUGGGGAGUUUGGGGGAGAUUUCUAGGAUAGUUCUUCAGCUGCAAAGAGAAUA